AUGGGACAAGGAGGCUCAACACCGAGUAAUGCAUUAGAAUGCCUUCUGAAUAAUUUUUCUGAUUUUCAGAAGCGGGCCCGAGGGUACGGCGGGCCACCUCCAGAUCCUGAGACUCUCCGGACCUUCAGUGAGUUAGAAUGGCCAGCCUUUGACGUAGGAUGGCCCUCUGAAGGGACUUUUAACCUCCCCCUUCUCUAUGCCGUUCAAGGGGUGGUUUACAGAGUGCCCCAUCCAGAUCAGAUGAUUUAUAUAGAUGUUUGGAUAGAUAUAGCUACCGAACGACGGAAAUAUAUACGCUGUUGUCAGUCAGGCAGAAAUAGGAUGCGGCAGAGCGUCUGUGUAGCUGCUAGACAAAGGCCAGGAGGGGGGAGAAAAACUCCUCUCCAGGAGCAGGAACAAAGGCAGCCGCGAGUAAAUCCUGGAGAGAAAACUCCUCCCCAGGAGCAGGAACAAAGGAAGCCCCGUCUAUAUCCGGUAUUGCCAGAGGAGCCAGAGGAUUCUCUACUAGCCCCAACUGCCCCGCCUCCGUACAAUCCUACCCCGCAACCCGACUCCACCACGGGGGAGGAGUUGAUGAGUCCCCCCCACACCAGGAGGGGAACCCUGUACGGGGCGCCCCAUCCCGCGUUGGGAGGGGCCAGUGUCCCGCCUCCCGGGCCCGGACUGGUGACUCCCGCGUUGGGAGGGGCCGGUGUCCCGCCUCCCGGGCCCGGACUGGUGAGGGCGGUUUCCUCAGCGGGAGGCGCCAACAUUUUGCCUCUCCGGGAGGUGCCGCCGGGCCCUGAUGCCCCGGCCUUUCAUCCCCCUCGUCUAGUUUAUGUCCCUUUUUCUACCAGUGAUUUAUAUAAUUGGAAACUUCAGAAUCCCCCGUUCUCUGAAAAGCCCCAGGGCUUAAUCUCCCUUCUAGAGACCGUUUUUAGGACCCACCAGCCUACGUGGGAUGACUGCCAACAGAUACUCCAAACUCUCUUCACCUCUGAAGAGAGAGAGAGAAUCCUUCGAGAGGCCGAAAAGGCCGUAAGGGAAGAGGAAGGAGGGCUGGGAGGAAACCGGAGGGGGGUUGGGGAUAUACUCCCCAACCAGCCUCCGGACUGGGACCCAAAUUCAAGUGUGGGGAGGGAAGCUCUACUCCAGUAUCGCCGAGCUCUCCUGAGGGGGGUACGAGCAGCAGCCAGAAAGCCAACCAAUUUCAGUAAGGCGAUGUUAGAUAUUAGGAAGAAACUACAGAAGAUUGAAGGUUUUGAAGAAGAAAACCUAAGCAAGCUGUUAGAAAUUGCUCAGAAAGUUUAUAUAAACAGAGAUGACCCCGAGAUAGGUAGAGCAAAGGAAGUAGCCAAGAUCCUCAUAGCAGCUCAGAAACCUGGCCGGAGGGAGAAAGUCUUAAAGCAACCACAAGGAAAGGCACAAAAGACAACUACCAAGAUCAUAGGGGCUACUGGCAGAGAGGAAUCUUACCCAUGGACUACCGCAAGGGUCACAGACUUGGGGCUGGGCACCAUAACCCAUUCAUUCCUAAUGGUUCCGAAUUGUCCCUACCCACUGCUCGGGAGAGAUUUAUUGCAGAAACUUCAGGCCACCAUCACUUUCAAACAGACUGAGGUGCCAGGGACCAAUACUCCAGGACCUGCCCGGGUGGAGGUAACUGUGCCACUCUCAGAAGAAUACCUGCUGGCAACCCUCCAGGAAGGUAAGGAGGAGAAAGGAGCACCAGAAACCCUCCUCUCUGAGAUUCCCGGAGUCUGGGCAGAGACUAAUCCACCAGGCCUAGCACUCCAUCAACCUCCAGUGCUAGUCCAGCUAAAAAGCACUGCCAGCCCUAUUCGGGUGAGACAGUACCCAGUACCCAGCCGAGCACGGCAGGGGAUCGCCCAACACCUUAAGCGACUUCUAAAAGCAGGUAUUCUACGGGAGUGUCAGUCAGCCUGGAAUACUCCCUUGUUACCAGUACAAAAGCCUGGGACGGCGGAUUACCGGCCAGUUCAAGAUCUGAGGGAAGUAAAUAUGCGGGUAGAGACUAUACAUCCCACGGUGCCCAACCCAUAUACCCUGCUAAGUUCUUUGCCCCCGACUCAUACUCACUACUCGGUACUAGAUUUAAAGGACACCUUCUUUUGCAUACCGCUAGCCCGCCAAAGCCAAGAGAUCUUUGCCUUUGAGUGGAAUGAUCCUGAAAAUGGAUUAGUAGGCCAGUAUACCUGGACUCGCCUACCACAAGGGUUUAAGAACUCACCUACCAUUUUCAGUGAGGCCCUAGGUAAGGACUUGCAGGCUUUCCGCAUCUCCCACCCCACGACAGUACUCCUGCAGUAUGUGGAUGACAUCCUCAUUGCGGAGAGGAGUGCGGAGAAGUGCGAGGCUGCUACUAAGGACCUACUCCGAGACCUAGAGAAGAUGGGAUACCGUGUGUCAGCCAAGAAAGCCCAGAUUGUGACUCAAACUGUAAGUUACCUGGGGUAUAACCUGCAGAAUGGGCAAAGAACCUUAUCCAAUCAGAGGAUUCAAACAGUCCUACAAAUCCCAGAACCUACCACCAAGAGACAGGUACGGGAGUUUCUCGGAGCAGUAGGAUACUGUCGGCUUUGGAUCCUAGGUUUUGCAGAGUUGGCCCGACCACUGCACCAGCUAACUCGGGGAAAGGAAGAAAAGUUUGAAUGGACUAGCGAGGCAAGAAGGGCCUUCCAGGCCCUGAAGGAGGCCCUCGUUGCGGCCCCGGCACUAGCGCUGCCGGACCUAUCUAAGCCAUUUCAACUAUUCAUAGCCGAGAAAGAAGGAACUGCAUUAGGGGUGUUGUGCCAAGAGCUCGGUCCAUGGAAAAGACCUGUAGCCUACCUAUCAAGGAGACUUGACCCUGUAGCUUCUGGCUGGCCAGCAUGUCUGAGGGCCUUAGCGGCCACCUCUGUGUUAGUCAAAGAAGCAAGCAAGCUCACCUUAGGCCAAGACAUUCAGGUAAUCGGAGAGCACUAUCUAGAGCAGGUCUUACGGGCACCCCCAGACAGAUGGCUUUCGAAUGCCCGACUGACUCAGUAUCAAGCUCAGCUCCUAAAUCCUCCAGCUGUGCAGUUUGUCAAAACAACCACCCUGAACCCUGCGACCUUGUUGCCCUUACCAGACGCAGCUAUAACCCAUAACUGCACAUGGGUAUUAGACUCUAUCACUGGUUCCCGACCCGAUUUACGGGACCAGGCCUAUGACAAGCCUGAUUUAGUUCUUUUUACUGAUGGAAGCAGCUUCAUGCGGGAAGGGCGGCGACUAGCAGGGGCGGCAGUCACCACUGAGACGAAGGUGAUCUGGCAGAAGGCGUUGCCAGCUGGAACUUCAGCCCAGCGAGCUGAACUGAUUGGCCUAAUCCAGGCUCUGCGUCUAGCAGAAGGUAAGACCGCUAAUAUCUACACCGACAGCAGGUAUGCUUUCGCCACCGCUCACAUCCGUGGAGCCAUUUACAAAGAGCGUGGCCUCCUCACUGCCGGUGGGAAGGAAGUUAAGAACAAGGAAGAGAUCCUGGCCCUCUUGGAAGCUAUAUGGCUCCCCGCAAAGGUAGCCAUAAUACAUUGCCGAGGGCAUCAGAAAGGUGAGUCACCCAUCUCAGGGGGAAACGAAUUGGCUGACGCCGCUGCUCGGAAAGCUGCUGAAGGAGAAGUAGUUAGCAAGUUGGUCUAAAGGCAGGGGGGGGUUAAAAACUCUAAAGGGCAAAUUGUACUACCUGACUCCAAGAUUUUCCUUCCCCAAGGGGUCUUAAGAACAAUAGCCCAAGAGUUGCAUGCGAGCACACACCUCGGCCAGACCAGAUUAGAACAGUUAAUAAAGAAAUAUUAUACAGGGUCAAAGUUAAGAGAUACAGUUCAGUCAAUAACCACUAGAUGCCAGACAUGCGCUAAGGUAAAUGCCCAGAAUAAGAAGUAUCCUCCCCUGGUGAGGUACCGAGGUAAGAGUCCAGGUGAGCUAUGGGAGGUAGAUUUCACCAAAAUGGGACCAGGAAAAUCUGGGUAUAAGUAUCUCUUAGUAUUAGUAGACACUUACUCAGGUUGGACUGAAGCCUUCCCCACUAAGGGGGAGACCGCUUCCAUUGUAUGCAAACUACUCCUGAGAGAAAUUAUCCCCAGAUAUGGGCUUCCAUUAGCUAUUGGCUCAGAUAAUGGCCCGGCCUUUGUCUCAAAGGUCUCCCAAGAAUUGGCCAGCAAACUAAUGAUUGAAUGGAAGCUCCAUUGUGUUUAUAGACCCCAGAGUUCAGGACAAGUAGAAAGAAUGAACAGAACUCUAAAAGAGACUAUUAUUAAAUUAAAGGAAGAGACUGGCGAAAACUGGGUCGAGCUUCUUCCUUUUGCCUUAUUCCGGGUAAGGUGUACCCCUUACGUGGGGUCUUGGACCCCAUAUGAAAUCAUGUUUGGGCAACCUGUCCCCAUUAUUCCCAAACUUUCCAGUGAAGAAAUAGCCAGCACAAAUUAUAACUUCCUUAAGUCCCUCCAGGCCUUGCAGCAGGUGCGACAGGAGAUACGAGUCCUACGACAUCAGCCCCCAGCUGAAACGACCCAGUGGCCUACUCCUCCUGAACCAGGCCAGUGGGUGUGGAUCCUCAACCACCGGCGAGGAAACCUGGAGCCACGGUGGGUCGGCCCCUUCCAGGUCCUGCUCAGCACCCUCUCUGCAGUGCGAGUUGCAGAAAAACCCUACUGGAUUCAUCUAUCACACACAAAGCCAGCUCAACCUCCUAGGGAACAUCAAGGCACAUGGCGAGUCAGCAGAGAUCCCGAGCGACCGCUGAGCCUAAAGUUCCUAAAACAGUAAGGUUGUUCCUGAUUAUAGUAACUCUGUCCAUGAACCACGGGAAAGCUCUAAGCCAAGGCCUAGAACAGCAGGAGUGGGUACUCAUAAGGACAGCAGAUGGCACAGUCAUUGCCACUAAUUUUACUUGGGAUACAGGCCC